CGUAAUCGCUGUUCGAUUUUGGAAUGUUUUGGCGGGGUUCGCCGGAUUAAGUCGGAUGAACUUUUGAUUUAGUAAACAUUAGUUUAUCAUCAAACAGUUAAGAUAUGGAGCGUGGAAGGAAAAGCCGAGCAGGCAGCCGACCAUCAGACAUGCCGAUGAGAGUUCAAGACAGCAACAGGAUGAGUAUGGUGUACACAACACCUCAAAGUAAACUGCCUUCCUUUGGAAAGCUCAGCAUGUCCAAACCACCAUCUGGGACCUCUGAAAGAAGAACCAGCUUCUUUGGUCCCCGGACUAGUGGUGCAAGCAUGCCGCGCAACAGCACCAUGGCUGGGUUUGGUGGAACUGAGAAGAUUAAAGAUUCCAGACCACUCCAUGAUAAAUCCUUUGUUCAGCAAUGCAUCAGGCAGCUACACGAGUUCUUGACAGAACAGGGUUACCCAGGAACGUUGUCGGCCAAAACACUGCAGUCGCCCUCCACCAAGGAGUUUGUAAAGAUGUUUGAGUUCAUCUACCGCCAGCUUGAUCCAACGUUCGAGAUGCCAAACUCUAAAGUUGAAGAGGAGGUUCCAGCUCUGCUCAAAGCCUUAAGAUAUCCGUUCGUUCUCUCCAAGUGCUCCAUGUAUUCGGUUGGAGCUCCACACACGUGGCCCCAGGCUCUGGGUGCUCUCAUGUGGCUCAUCGAUAACGUCAAGAUCAACUGGAGUUUGAGUAAACAGGAGCUUCUGUUGAGCGACUUCUGUGAGGACACUGCCAAUAUCGAGGAAGGAGCUGAAUAUAACAAGCUUUUCCUUGACUACAUGGCUGAAACCUACUCCAAGUUCAUGCAUGGUGAAGAUGUUUUUGAGGAGGAGGAUGAGGCGUUCCUCACCAAACUGAAGCGACUUUACAACGUUGACGAGGCUCUGCUGGAAUCGAUGGAGGAGAAACACCGAUUCCUCAGUAAGGAACUGGAGCGUCUAGAGAAAGAGAGUCAGACGGACCGUCUGAUGACAAAGAGGAUGGAGAAGGUGAAGCUGCAGGCGGACCUGAAGAAGCUGCAGAGUUAUCGAAGCAAACUGGAGACGUUUACAGCCAGUCUGGAGAACAAAUUUUCAGAACUGACAGACGAGCUGGAGAACACCGUCAGCCACUUGGAGACGCUGAAGCACGAGAGGAACGAGCUUCAGCACCUCUUGCAGAACCAAAAGUUUACUCCAGCUGAUGUGGAGAGAAUCAACAGGGAGAAGAGAGAACUUCAGCAGACCAUCGCCAGUCUCACCAAGUCGCUUGAGGACGCCGAACAGCACAGGUGGAAUGAGGAAAUCGCGCUGGCGAAAGUGAAGGAGACGCUGGACCUGAAGGUGGCCGAGUACCACAAGCUGGCCCGGAAGCUGAAACUGAUACCGAUGUCUGCGGAAAACGCCUGCGGUCAUGACUUUGAGAUCAGGUCAUUUGAAUGUGGAACUGGCAGUGGAGUUCAGCAAAAAACACAGAUCAAGAUGCUUCUGAGGAAGCUGAUCAGUGAUGUGGAGGAAGAAAACAGCCGAUUGUCAAACCUGAAACUCAGCCUGGAAGAGUCUUGCGAACAAGUCAACUCUAACAUUGUGGACAAGUCCAACGAUCUAAAGCAGAUCAGAGAGCAGAUCCGUAAGCUGGACGAACAGCUGGACACUGAUAUGCAGAAGUUGGCCCGAGAGGAGCAGGAUUGGGCAGCAGAGGUGGAGUCUGCAGAGAACCACCUCAAGCUUCUCCAGAAGAAAGUUAAUGACGGUUACGACGAGGCCGUGCAAGAGCUGAAGGGAGCGCAACAACAAUACCACCUGGUGCUGCAGGAGACGAAUGAAGAGAGGAGAACCGUAGCCAAUAACCUGGUUUCCGUGUUCGCAACAGCUGCAACCCACCUGGCCAUAACUGAGAAGUGUCUGGAGGAUCUGCACAGCAGAGUCCAGCGCCUCUGCUCUAAGGCCAUAGAAGAAGACGAGGCAGAGGUUCAGAACCUGCGGGAGCUUUUAAAGAGCUUCCUGUCUGAGGCAAACUGUUUAUAAAGACAGACAAGAUUUACCUGCUUCUGUUUGUUAAAAAAAAAAAAACAAGUUCCUGCCCAACAAAUGUUUGUCAGAAUGUUCACUUUGUGUUUUCCUUAAAUGUUAUGUAUAACUUUAAUGUUGAUGUUUCAAGUUUUUAGCUCCAGUUUUCAUAUGUCAGUUUAAAAAUUUGAGUAUUUGUAUCCUAUAAUAAAUGAUUAAAGAAAAAAGUAUUGA